CCCGUUUGUUACAGCCCUGCAACUGUCGUGGACUAUCGACAAUCUUCGGCUCUGACAAAUCUCUCGGCUAAGCGACCGAAAAAAACAAAAGUAUCCAUGAUCGUCCAAGUUCAGAGGCUUCAAUCGCGAAAAAUCUUCUUCCGUGACGUGCGAAAUUAAAAAAAGCUCUUUGCCUCGACAUUUUUUAAGCAACUUUGAUUCAUUUUUCUUCGUGAUUAUUUACGAUUGAUUCAAGGAAAGCUGAUUUGACGAAAGGGAGAAAGAGAAAAGUAGUGAGUUUUCGCAUUGAUCAGUUUGUCGCCUUGGUCACUGGAAAAAACUUCGUCUUUCGACAGAAAAUAGAAAGCGAAGGCGCGCGAGCUCAGGAAAUAGCUAUUAAAAAGCUGGAAAAGAAGAGUUACUUGAUACUGAAUUUGGAGUUGGAACUGUGCAUACUAAUAAAACUGUAGGCUAUACUCAAAAUAAACGGUACAACUAUUAGCUUGUACCAUGUCAGAGGAAAAUCAAGCUGAAGUUAAAACAAAACAAAUUUUUCGAGAAAAAGUAUGGACUCAUAUGGCCAAGGAGGAACUUACAAAUUCCUUUCGAAGUUUAUGCAACAGAAUACCUUAUUUCAAGGGAGCUACUGAGGCUUCACAGCGUCUUAGUGAAUUAGAUGAAUUUAAAAAUGCUAAGUUAUUAAUGAUAAGUCCCGAUAAACCUCAAGAAUCUGUGAUAGUAUCAUCUCUACAAAGGGAAAAAGAGAUUCUAAUUCCAAGGCCAAGAUUACUAACUGGAUUAUUUCAUAAAGUUAAAAAUGCCAAUGGCUUGCCCGAAGAAGAGAUAAAGAAUACUAUUACCAGACAUAAUAUAAAACAAUUAGAAAGCCCUGUUGAUUUUAACACUAUUGGUCUCAAAGUGGACAUGGUUGUUUUGGGAUCAGUGUGUGUGAACAAAGCUGGUUAUAGGAUUGGAGAUGGUGAAGGUUUUGCAGAUCUAGAGUUUGCUAUUUUAUCAAGAAUGAAAGCAAUAGAUGAAAAUACUAUUGUUGUCACUACUGUGCAUGACUGUCAAAUCCUUGAUUAUCUUCCAAAUGACAUAUUUGAAAAGCAUGAUGUACCUGUAGAUAUAAUUAUUACACCAACUCAGACAAUUGUUAUCAACCCUAAGACUAAGAAACCUUCUGAAAUCGUUUGGCCAAUAAUCAGUAAACGAAGACUGGCAGCUAUACCAGCACUGAACGACAUUAAACAAUCCGAGGAAAAAGAAGGGAAAACUGUGGAUUUGAAGGAAGAAGAUUCAGAUAUUGAAUCUCGAAAUAAAGAGAAAAUCCGCAUAAAAAAAAAAAUUAUCAAGUUGCGGCCAAGAUUAAGCGAGAGAAGAGCUGUUCUACAGUCUGAUUCUACACUCAAAGAAAACGAUAAAAACAAGGACACAAGGCGAAAGCCUUUCCCCAGAAAAAGAAGAUUGCCAAAAUCAAAAGAAAAUGAUGAAAACGCCGAAGAAAAAUUAAAAGAUCAUCAAACAAAUGCCAAAUCAAAGCGACACCGUCAACGAUUCAAUGGAUUGCGAGAUCGCGUGGAUUUUUCUCUACGACUAUCAAACAUCGCCUCGUCUGUUCGAGUUCGCGACUUAAAAAGUGCCUUACUUGAACGUGGCGUUAAGCCAAGUAAUAUAAUUUGGCGUGGACAACGUGGAUUCUGUUAUUUACAUUUCGGUAAACUACGAAAAAAAAGCAACGAGGAAAUUCAACCGGUGCAGGUCGAUUCUAUCGUUGCUAAUUUGCAGCAAUUAAAAAUUGGACAAACUGCUGUAUCUAACGAGAACUCCUUUAUUAUUGUUGAGCCAGCCGAACCAGUAACUAGGAUUGAAGUUACUGAUGUUAGUGCUGUUUAGUUUUGAAAUGCAUUAAUAUUAUUGUUUUCUUUUCUUUUUGCAAAAAAGCAUUCUUUAUUUUUUUAUUUUAUUAACUUAAAAAGACUUGUUUCAAUUUUGGUAACAUUGAUUGCAUUAAAUAUGAAUUUUAAUAUUAAGUAUAACAAUGCAUACUUAUUAGAUUUUUUUGUAACUUAUUAUUAGAUUUGGUAUUAAUUAUUCAUUAAGUCAUAUGAAUAAAUGGAAACAUCGUCCAAAACCAAACAAGAUCGGAAGAGCAAACAAUUAUAAUGAAAUUUACAGGUUUUUAAAAAGCUAGAGAUUAAAAGGUUGACUGCAUUGCGUUUAGGCUUUAUAUAAUUUGAGUAAUUAGAUGUACAUGACGUGAUAUAAAAUCGCUUGCGAAAAUUUUAAUUAAAAAGCAUUUAUUCGUCCUAUUACAAUUUUCAAUGUAAUAAUUAUUAGGCUUCUCUAACUUUCGUAUUUUAGCGUUUACCAUUGAUUAUUCUUUCAAAUUUGACAUAAUCUUUUUAUUAUUUGAUGAGUAAUUGUGUUUAAGGCCCCUCAUCGAUAUCUAUAGAUGUACGGUCAAUAAAGAAAUUUUAUCGUGACUUUCCUCCAAUUGUUUGCCUAAAAUAUAAGUCAAUGGUACUCGAAAAAAAUUAUCAUCGACAAAUGUUCAUACCGACAAAUCUUCAUUAGGACUAAUUAAUCUUUAAAUAUUUUGAUUAGUGGUUUCUUCAUAAAAAAUUUUUAAAAAAUCAAUGAUGUUCCCUAAAUUAGUUUGGUUAUAAGGUGUGAUAACAUUUUGUUUUUUCAUCGUGAAUGUAAACAUAAAUGACAGCCGAAUAUUACAGUUAAUAUUUUGAUUUUUUUAUUAACUAACUACUGCUUAAAACACUCCAAGACUGAUUAGUCGCACUUUAGAUAUGAAUAUUUUUCAAAGUCCAUUUUCCGACCACCUUUGUUUUAUAUUUUAGACAAACAGUUAGAAUUACGAGACAAAGUUACGAAGAAACUAAUCCAUUGACUGUGUAUUUAUGAAUAUCGAUCAGGGGUCUUAUUUUCAAUAAUCUUAUAAUAUGGAAUAACUUAACUAUAAUAAACUAACGAUAUUCCACUUUGGCAUAAGAUUUCCACGUGUGGAGAUUAGAAAAUACUAAUAAAAUAAUCCAUACUUACAUUAUAUGAGCAAUGUAAUAAUAUAAGGUUUUGCAUUAUUGAUAACAGACUGAGACUAGCUUGUUACAAAGUUGGAAAUAUUUUGAGAAAAAGUAUUUUCCUGAUGUAUUAAGAAGAUUAGAAUAAUCUUUGAUAAAUUGAUACAUGAAGUCAUUUCGGCAAGUGUCAUACAUUAUAUUAUAAUAAGAAUGGAAAGCGCUAUUUACCCUUAGAAAACUUAUGCUACUUUUCCCCAUGCAAAUGUAUGUUACGUUGUACAUGAGCUGACAAAGGGUCUCACAGUAUGAUUUUGUGAUAUUAAAAAAUAUUUUGUUUUUUUUUUAUAAUAUACUUCAAUUAAAUCAAUGAUAAAUUAUUAAUUCCUUGCAUGUUUAACUUAUAAAAAAAUAUUUACUUUUAUUUUUCUUAAUUUUAAUUUUUUUGUAAAUUCACAAUUCUAUGCGUGAAUAUAUGAAUGUUAUUCUAAUAAUAAAUACGCUUAUUUUUGGAACUCUAAUAAGCAUGUAAUAAUGUGCCUACAACAACAGAAUAAAUAAUAGUUGAAAGGUACUGAAUUUGAUAAAUAGUACCUGUCGUAAAAACUGAUAAUAAUAUUUCUAUAUUAUAUCAUAACAGUAUAUUCGUAUUGCGUAAAAACUGACACGAAAUUAUAACUUGAAAAUUAAAAUUAGGCUGAUCAAAAAUUAUUUUUCUAAGAGUAUUUUUAAAUGAAAUCAUAAGACAUUACAUUUCAAUAAGUGUGCCAAAAAUUUUUUUUAUGAAACGAUUAAUAAUACUUGAACGAUUUCUAAGAAAACAUUGAACUAUAUU